UCAAAGAUAAACCUGUGAAUACGAAGUUUAAUGUAACCAAAGGCCAAGUUCUUCUAGAUGGUGCGACUGUGGUUCUAGAAUGUACUGCAGAUGCUGAUCCAGUAGCUAAAUUCAGCUUUUUUGGUGAAGGUAUAUCACCAGUGAUUGGCAGUGACCCUGCAAAACCAACUGUCAAAAUAGAUCUCAGUCAUGAUGGCGGUAAAGUCAGUUGUACUCCAUCCAAUAGACUUGGCAAUGGACCAACAGUUGUCCUGCUAAUCGAUGUAAAAGGUAAAAUAUUUAACACUAAUGUACCAUUUGGAAUUACGCGGUUGGUUUGUAAAGCCAUUCAGGAAGUGGGUCACAUCGUGCAACUAAAUGUAAGUCAAAAUACAAGAACGGGCACAUUUUUUAUUAUAACCACUGCAUAUUUUUGGAGCACUGUAUGGGCUGCAUCGUUAACAUACAAUGCAUGUAUGUAGUGUUGAGAAAUAGUUUCGCACCAUUUUCUUAAAACAACUGAAAGCUAUAAAAAUUAUGUUACGGUAUACAAUGACUUUUCGAUUCGACGCUUUGUAAAAUCAUGGUACACAUUGUUCUUUAUUACAGUUCCACCCCAAGUUAUUGCUUUUCCAACGAAAUUAGAUGCAAUUGAAGGACGAAAUAUUUCUGUGAAAUGUGAAGCUUCAGGAAAACCUGCACCUGAAAUAGUCUGGCUUAAAGAUGGUUCACCUUUGAGGAAAAUGCCUCCAUAUUAUAUCACUGGUCGAGCUAUAGGCAGCACGUUGUUUAUAUCUAAGUCUACACUGAUAUUGGCUCCUGCAAGAAGGGAGGAUAAUGGGAACUACGGUUGUCAAGCAAUAAAUCCUCAUGGAAGGCUAGUCAAAUCUGUUAGACUAAAUUUGAUGUGUAAGUACUGUACCGAUAGUGGUAAUAUAGGACUAUCCAUACGAAGGUUACUGUAAAUAGUCGCGAAAACAACGAGUAGUUUAUAUUCAUAAUUUAGUCCAUAUUGAGAAAGUUUUUUGAAGGAUGCAAAUUUGUUUAUUGAGUCUCUCAAUAUUAGUGAGCGGAUUUCCAAACAGGUUAUUGCCUAGUUGAUAGAGGAUCCGAUUUUAACGUCCUUAUUCGAGAAGUCCAUUUCCUGAUGUCAUUGUUUAGGUAGUUUGUUCUCCUCAAUUAUUUUAAGACCUUGAGUAUAGAGGUAUUCGGAUUGAAUCCGGGUCUUCCAGGUUGAAAAGAAAGCGUGGUGACCAUGCAUUACAAGUGCUGGUUAAUCUACUUGGAAAAAUAUAAAAACCUCGACGUUUCCAGCGGAGAAGCGUACUAAUUUCCAUAUGAACGACCUUCGCUCGAAACGUCGAAAUAUUUUAGUGCUGUGCGCCAGAGGACUGAGCUCGAGUUUUCCCAGAGUUCCGUCGUUGUUUGGUCAGCCGCAGCCAGAGUUGCGGUGUUCUAUAGUCGGAAUGACAAGAAAUGUGACAAUUUCGAAGAAUUAGCGAUGGUUACCUACCUCCUCCGCAGGCCGUAAUGAAUUAUUUAAUUUCGUAAGGCAGAGUACUGAAUUUGUUGAAAUUUCAUAUUAAUCUGAAGUCAUAUAUGUUGUAUCAAGCAUUUCUUGGAGCCGGAGCUGAAAAACCGGAGUUUGCACAUCAAUAUUUUAGUUAAUUCAGACAGCCGCUUGAUGGGACAUCUCAACGUGUGGCCGUCAGAAAUUCAGCUGACCAUCAACCAAACUCGUCAAUUUUUUAUUCAAAGGCGAGGUUACAGUAGUAUAAUAAACUCCGCGAGUGAUAUUGCUUCUUAAUUUGUUGCAAAAGUUGAGUUUAUUUAACGAUGUUUAAUACAAGGAUACGUUACAGAUCUCAUUUGUGUUUUGCUCAUGAAUAAUUGCUCAUGAGUUUCUGUAUAAACAAUUGACUGUUUUUGUUUCAUUUUCCAGACCUUCCUGAAGUGAAGAAUAAAAAUGACUUUAAAGAACGCGAAGUUCGUGUUGGUGCAGACGUGGAUCUUCCUUGUCGAGCUGAAGGCAAUCCUCCAACAGCGUAUUAUGUUUGGAGGUGGGAAAAUGGCACUGUUAUACAAAAUAAAACUACGGGAUUACUAAGGUUUGAUAAUAUUCAACCCCGCGAAGGAGGACGUUUAUCUUGUGCUGGCGGAAGUUACGUCGGUGAAGGAGAAAAAGUGUCUGUUAAUGUUUUGGUGAGAGGUAAGGUUGCUUCACGUAAUUAAGAAAUAGAAAACGAGUCGCGUGUGUUUAUGGUGGGAUAAUGCACAAAGGGGGUGUUGGGAGAAUACGAGAGAAGCGCAACUUGUACUGUUAGCGCGUGUUGAUUUCUUGAAACGAUUUAAUUUAUCUCUAGUCCAGGACUAGACCUCCUACGUUAAAUGGAGAAUCGCAUGCAAUCUAUAAUUUCCAUCCAUAUUCCCUUUUCAUCUUUUCCCAUUUUUAAGCUAAAUUAAUUGCUUUUAGUUCCUCCAAGAAUAGUUGUACCUCCUCAACAAAGGGUUUCGCUGAACGAAUCCGACAGACUUCAAUUGUUUUGUAACGCGACUGGUGUACCUGAGCCUACCAUACAUUGGACCAGAGAUGGUACCAUACUUCGUUAUACAGGAGACCAUCUCAGCAUAUCUGACGUGAAGUAUACAGACAGAGGCAUGUAUGUUUGUACCGCUGAAAAUGGAAUACCGCCAAAUGUUUCUGCAUCGAGUAUCGUCACUAUAUAUUGUAAGUACUGCAUGUACAUCUAAUUGUAGACGAGCUUAUAAUAUGUCAUGUAUAAAGAGGGCUUUACUAAUGACAAUAUAAUAGACGGAUUUACUAUCUUAAGGUUUUAGGCCAUGCACUAUACUCAUGUUUUGCAUCCCCGGCUUCCCCUUUUAUGUUCAGCAGCGUAUUGCUUCGUUUACUACCUAAUAGACAAUUUCCAGAUGAAUUGUUUUUCGAAUUUUUUAACAGGAAUUCUAACACAAACUGCGACAACUUUAUUGUUGUAGAAUACUCCAUACAAUGGACGCUACGUUUUAAGAUAUCGUUUUCAGAUAGUCCAAACACAAAUCACGACCGCUUAUUGCUGAAUACUACUUUCAGUGGACCCCCAUGUUUGAGAGCCUAGUGGUUCAAUCACAAACCAUGGCCGGAAGCGUAUUAAAGAAUACUGAAGCCCACAUUUGAUCUACAAACCUCACGAAUCUUGUCUUGAUUUUAUGUUGGGAUAAUUAUAUCGAAAUGAUAUUCUAUUUGUUAAAAAGUUGGGGAAGGGAUAGGAAUCCGAAUUUAAGAUUUUGUUGGCAUCUCACUCGAUUGAAUAAUUGUUGAAGGGUAUUGUAGUCUGUAGAUGGAAAUUAUUGAUAUUAUACCCUUCAACUAAUAUUCAAUCGAGGGAGAUGCCAACAAAAUCUUGGUAUUUACCCAUAACUUAUACAUAGCAGUACCCUAGUAGCUAUAUGCAUGAACUUGUGGUUAGAGCUCGACAACUGGCCUAUGUAGCUGCAGUUUGAAUUGAUUAAUUUGCCACAAAUUAUUACGAAAUAAAACAACAAUUAUUACAAAAGUAAUAUUAGAAAGAGGUAGUCCAACUAUAGAAGCCGAGAUUUAUUAAUUGCUAGACUAUACCUCAUGUCAAGUAUUUAUGAAUAAGUUACCAAAUAUAUAUAGAGGUAGAAUAGUGAGCAGUCGUAUAACAUGGAAACUAAUAUAAUACAAAGGCACACAAAUAACAUCAAAAGGCAGAUACUUAGAUGCACACAUGCACCUAGAUGUAAUUAAAUAUUAUUUAGUUACAAUCAUCAGAUAAAUUAGUUGUUUAGAGCGUUGCACCAGUAUCGCAAGGCCGCUUGUGCUUUGGAUUCCAGCUGUCCCUGAUUAGGGCUAAUAAACUUAUAUAAAUUUCUACUCGAUAAUUUCCAUCUACAAGACCCUUCAAAUAGGAAUCCGAAGCCUUUUGUUCCUGAUAAUGCAGCAAAAAUAAUAGCUGGAGCCAAUUAUGAAAUCAGAUCUGUUGAGGUCCUUGAUUGUCUCUCUUGGAAACCUCUUUAAUGUGAGACGUGACCAGCACAAAUCUAUCUUUCUUUAUAAAAUCUGUACUAACCUUACCACUCCCAAUUUUUGAAACAAGUCAACUGUUAUUAUUUCGAGAAGUGAUGUGGAAACAGUCAUAUGAUCUUAGAACUAAUGUAAGUUUAUCUCAAAAAAAGUUCAAAUACAGCGGGGCUAAGUUAUGGAAUGCACUUCCACCUGAUGUUCGACUCCAUCGAUUUACACCUUUAAAAAUGGUGUGUAAGUCAAUGAACUAGAGGUGUGCAAAUCCGAUCCGAUUCGUUUGGAUUUCGGAACCAAAAUAUUCAUAUCGGAUCGGAUUGAUAAAGUUGUUUCGUAGUCGGAUCAGAUCGGAUCGGACUUCGAUAUCCGAAAUAAAAUGAAUUAAUUAUCCACGCAUUAUCGCAAGGCUUAAUUAUCCAUGCAUUUAUCAAAGCAUUAUCAUUAUCGCGGUUGUCGCUGCAUUAUUCGUUUGAUACUUCAAUUGGACGUCACUUUGUCAGCUUCUUGACAUGUAUUUCUUGCUUUUAUAUUCAUUUGGUUAAAUAUUUCAACUUGAAUGAGAAAUUUAUUUUAUUAAAGAAUCCAUCGGAUCGGAUUGGAAUUCUUUGUCAAAACUCGGAUCGGAUUCGGAUUAGACAAUUUCGGAUCGGAUUUUAAACAUUAGCCAAUUGUCGGAUUAUAAACGUCCAAUCCGAUCCGAUGCACACCUCUACAAUGAAGCGUCCAUUCCUCGAUGAGCUGCGUCACACUGCGAUCUUGUAUUUAUUUUAAUAAUUACUUAUUUGUUAUUGUCGAUGAUUAUAUUUAUAUCUGUACCUGCAGGGUUCACGAUAAAGGUUAGGGUUGUGGUUUGAAUUUGGAGUAGGCGGCAUUUUGAAAGACGCAGGCGGCUAUGUGAUGGCAAAUGUACCACUUGCCUGAGCGGGAGAUCUAAUGACGUCUAAAAGUCGUCUAUGUUAGAAAAGCAAGGCACCUUUCGGAAGUUUAGGAGGAAAUAUUUUGUCUAGGCUAUAGACGGCGAAAAUCGGUUGUCGGCUUCUAUUUGAAACCCUGAUAACAGUCUGGACACUCCCCAUUGAAACCAGCUUUUGCUGAUAGGGCUAGCGCACUGAUCUGUACUAAGACUGGAUAACGCAUCUAUAGUAUACAAAAGUGAAGCCGGAAGUCACUGGCCGCCACCCGAUUCAAGGGUCCCACUUUUGUAUAGAUUUGUAUUACAGAUGGUAGUUUUUCGAGUUUUUUGCCUUGGCUACGUUUCCAACCGGGCUAAUUUUACAAUCACAAAGAUAGAAGCAUACAAGAAGAAUUUGAGCAAAAAAUUUGGAGUAUUAUGGCUUUAUAACGCCGCGAAACUGGAUUUACAACUCUGAAGGAGUGGAGAGCCUCAGACUUUGUUUAUCAACACGAGCUCGUUUUGCUACUUUCAUACAAAAUCAACUCAAAAUAUACAAGAAUUACUGUUACUGGACGAAUAUUCUCAGGAAAUUUGAAGAAAUGAAGCAGCUACAUUGUAAACGAAAGCGUACUUAGGUUAGUUUUAAAAUACCUUGAGGCUACUUUUAUAAUUAUAUGAAAAUUAAGGAACAGUUUUAAAUGUCAACUUUGUCAAGAACAUUCCCUCGACUUGUCGAGAAGUUUUAUAUGUUUUAAAGUAGGAAGACAAGUGACAAUCAAAUAUUUUUUAAUCCAAAUUAACAAUGAGUCGAUAUAAUGUUAUUUUAAUUCAUAUAAUUAUAAAAGUAGCCUCAAGGUAUUUUAAAACUAACCUCAGUACGCUUUCGUUUACAAUGUAGCUUCUUCAUUUCUUCAAAUUUCCUGAGAAUAUAUUCGUCCAUGCAGUAACAGUAAUUCUUGUAUAUUUUGAGUUGAUUUUGUAUGAAAGUAGCAAAACGAGCUCGUGUUGAUAAACAAAAUCUGAGGCUCUCCACUCCUUCAGAGUUGUAAAUCCCGUUUCGCGACGUUAUAACGCCAUAAUACUCCAAAUUUUUUGCUCAAAAUUCUUCUUGUAUGCUUCUGUCUUUGUGAUUGUAAAAUUAGCCCGGUCGGAAACGUAGCCAAGGCAAAAAGCGCGAAAAACUACCAUCUGUAAUACAAAUCUAUGCAAAAGUGGGACCCUUGAAUCGGGUGGCGGCCGGUGACUUCCGGCUUCACUUUUGUAUACUAUAGAUGCGUUAUCCAGUCUUAGUACAGAUCAGUGGGGCUAGCGUCAUGAAAUAAAGUUUUAAAUAAAGAAACAUCUUUUCCAGUUCGUCCAGUGAUCCAAACAACUUCAGCCGCAGCUACAUUAUUAGGAGCUGACUCUGGAGAUCUAGUGACAUUAGUGUGUAUCGCCGACGCUCUACCUGUGGCUAUAUUCAAGUGGCGUUCUUAUCCUUCCAUGCAAGAACUGAAUGACACUUUAACAGAUGUACUGAGUAUAAAGCAGGACGAUGAAAGGACAUUAACCAUGCAAGUGAGAGCGAGAUUUGGUGCGAAAUAUGAAUGUUAUACUUACAAUGAUCGAGGAACUGAUACUCAGAUUUAUGAAAUUCGUCCUAAAGGUAAGGCCUAACAUAUUAUCUGCAUUUAGUGUUUUAGUGUAAGCAAUAUAUAUCAAGACCAGAAAUGCGUGUAAAUGCUGCACUGUAAAUCUCGCAGUGUUGUACCAACACUAAAAUAGUGUAUAAUUACACUAUUAGGUGUUAAAUGGAAUUUAACACCAUUCGAGUGUAACUCAAUCUCGUACUCAGAGCAAUGCCUGUGCGCGGGCUAGGAUGGCAUUGGCUCUGGGGAAAUUGAAUUUUUCCUGUGCUGUGAUUGGUUUAACGUUUGUCAAUCGUGCAUGCCGACAAAGAACCGGAAAUUUCCUGUUUACCACACGAGGCUGGAAUGACAUUCUGCUAGCAGUCUGAGGGGUUCCUUCUUUGUGUAGGAUUCUGGGACUGUCCUGCAUGCGUUUCUACAGCUUGUGUAAUGAAAGUAAGCAAAUUACUUAUCACAAAGUAGUUAUCCAAUUUUACACGAUAACACGUACACGUCUCAUUUUACAAAUACUAAAUUCUAGGUCCACCCGAAGCCCCACGCUUGGACAGUAUCCAUACCUACAUCAAGAAUGUCCAAGAUCAACUUUCCACAGUUCAUGUUUAUCUCAAAUGGACACCUGGGUACAACGGGGGACAAAAAGUGUGGUAUAAUGUUUAUUAUGGACUCCGUGCUGACCAAGCACAGGUUGUCCCUCGCGUAGAUGAUGAAUGUCAUUGUUAUACAAUCAGUCAAGAUCUGGAGGCAAAUAAAGAUUACAUAUUUUACGUUCAAGCUCAAAAUAGUGAUGGACCAAGCAAUAGCAGUAAUCAUAUACAACGGAGAACGAAAGGUAGGUUUUAUGCUCGCUUCUCCACAGAGCUUUCUCGGGAAGAAGAAAAAGCUUUGAGAUACAAGAUAUAAACAAGCCAACAAGGAGAUUAGGGGAAGCGAUAGAUAGAGGCGCUCUAGAAGGUAAUGAGCCAACUGAGAAAACCUUAUAGAGUUCACUGGAGAAAACCCCCUCAGUUUGAAUUUUCUAGCGCCUGUAUUUCUCGCCAAAUCGCCUUGUUUAUGCGGAGCAGAGAGGGUUUUUAUGUGUUGAUAGAAAUCUGCCGAGUAUCAAAAUGUAAACGAAACUGUACAGGACGGAGAACUAAGGGUAAGUUCCUUGUAGGUUUGGAUGGUGAUAUGUUGUUUAUUUUUUGGCAAAGGUUUCGAUAUCACUUUAAAAACUUGUGAAUUCCAUAGUAUGAAAUUUUCAAUUGCAUCUCCAAAUCCAUAAUGUCUCAUAGUAUUUCCGUACUGUUUCCAUAGUAAGGCUUUUGAAAAAAAUUCCAGUGAUAUACGAGUCUUGAUUUUCUGCUGAUGUAUAGGACAGUUUAAUCGACAGUCUAUAUGCAGUUAAAACUACGUUUUAGGAUAGGAAAGAGGAUAUUUUGCCAUAUGUUUGUAGCGGUAGUGAUAGCCUCUGAGUUUGUCACCAGCCCUUAAAUCUAUUUUGUUUAGCAAUGUUGAAUUGGUUAUGUUUUGCACGCGCUAUUCCUUGUCGUUAGGAUCAACGUAUAACCUGCGCUCCAAGGCCCUUUGCAAAGCCAGCUAAAAAAAACCGCCCACUUUUAUGGCGUCUGUGUUGUUUUAAAUAUCACUAAGUUUGGUAUAAUUUAUGUACUUGCUAAAGUUUGCUUUCUUUUUCACUUGCAGCGUUUUACGGAUCAGGUACGUUGGUUCUUAAUUUUUAAAGGAUUGUUUAUUCUAAGACAAUCUCUUUCCUUUAUUGUACCAGUAGCAGAGUUGCAAAAAAGCUCAAGGUAUGGCGGGUACCACCCAUGAGGUACGUUUGCCAUAUGUGAGGUCAGUGAGGAAGGUUUAAUGUGGAACUUUCUGGUGACGACGUUUAUGUAGCAAUCGUUAUAAGAUAUACAUUUACUAGCAAUCGUCAGCCUGUACUGUUUAUGUGCAUGUAUGUGAUCAACCAGUUGAUCAGUGUAACAUAUACAUUUUCUAUAGCAAUCGUCAGCCUGUACUGUUUAUGUGCAUGUAUCUGAUCAACGAGUUGAUCAAUGCAACAUAUACAUUUUCUAUAGCAAUCGUCAGCCUGUACUGUUUAUGUGCAUGUAUCUGAUCAACCAGUUGAUCAAUGCAACAUAUACAUUUACUAUAGCAAUCGUCAGCCUGUACUGUUUAUGUGCAUGCAUGUAAUCAACGAGUUGAUCAAUGUAACAUAUACAUUUUCUAUAGCAAUCGUCAGCCUGUACUGUUUAUGUGCAUGUAUCUGAUCAACCAGUUGAUCAAUGCAACAUAUACAUUUACUAUAGCAAUCGUCAGCCUGUACUGUUUAUGUGCAUGUAUGUAAUCAACGAGUUGAUCAAUGUAACAUAUACAUUUCUUUAGCAAUCGUCAGCCUGUACUGUUUAUGUGCAUGUAUGUGAUCAACCAGAUGAUCAAUGCUAAAUAGUAUAGUCGGUGGAAAAUGGGAAUAAGAAGUCGAUUUUGAAUGAGAUAAUUUACAUAUUUUGCAAUUUGAAAAGCCAUAAUCCAUAUUAUUUUAGGUUUAAAAACCUCACAUUUUCCCUGGAGGAAGGUUGAACACCUCUACUUCCUUCUACUAAUAUAUUUAACUUUAUUUCUACAGCCUCGAUUGAAAGACUUGAUGAUGGCAAAAUUGUUAAAGUAUCGUUUGUGAUCUACACAAAAGAAAACUUAACCAAACAAGUAAGAUUUCGUGAAAACAAAGAGAGAAGUUCCUGGGACACAAGAACUACAGACCCUGAUGUUCAAGUACCGUUGGUUAUUGAAGAGUUGGACCCAGAGAAACAUUAUCUGUUCCAAGUUCUGUGGUAUGCUGAGGGGAAAAUACAAAUUACUGACGGAGGUGAAGGUACGGAAACUACUGUGUAUAGGUUAAAGCUUGUACGACCUCAAAGUACGUUAAGAGGCAGUUAGAUUCUUCAACCAACUUCUUGAAUAUUGUCGAACUCUUUACACUUGGUCCCAACACCAUAGACGGAUUUUCUCGUCUUACGUCAUUGCCUCGCAGGGCCGCCGAGACGGAGGAGCAGGGGGGCAAAUGGCCCCGAGGUGCUGGGGGCCCCUGAAAAAUUUUUGUUGAGCCCCAGUCUUUUUUGUGUGUUAAAUAUUUCCGCGCAAAGGACAAGAUAUCUGUUUUCUUGGGCUAAGUACCGAAAUUUGGCAUAAAAAAAUGAGGUAAAGUCCAUGAAAAGCAAUAGCAACGUACUCGUCCUGAAAAAUUUUUUACUCCGGAAAAAAUUUUUUACCCCUAAAAUGGUACACUGACCGAAAAGUUUUUGGCGACGGGGGGGGUUGAUCUCCGAAAACAAUUUUUUUGAUAGGGGGCCCCCAAAAAUAAAUUUGCCCCGGGCCCCCGCCAACCUCUCGGCGGCCCUGUUGCUUCCAUGGCGAAAAUCUCUGGCAUAGAUUGUACACCAUUGGUAUUUUAUACUAAAAGCAUUUCCAAAACGUUUGCCUGCAUGACGGACAAAAAAUGGCUGACCACGUAGGCUUCCUUCCAUUUUCCUGCAAAACUAUACCGGUGAACGCCAGGGAAAAUGACAAGAAGAACUCUUUUAAUCACGUGAUGAACGUUUGUUAUUUUUAUUCCAGUUGGAUCAUGGAAACCGCCAGUGGAUAGUGCAAGAUCCAGCAGUACUUUAAGUAAAGAAGAGAUUAUCGCUAUCAUUGCUGGUGUUGGUGGAUUUAUUCUAAUUGUUAUUCUUGUUUUAUUUUUGUGUCUCAUUCGAAGACGACAAAAACCUAAACGAGGUAAUUUUUCCGGCAAAAUCAGGAAACUUGCAAUAUCUCACAGUGCACGUGCACAUGCACUCACAGUGCACGUGCACAAGUACACGAUCAAGCUCAUGUGAACAACAUCGCACCUUCGUUCAUUCACCAUGAUUUUUUUGCAAAAUGUGGUGUGUCAAUAGAUCUAUUAAGCCAACUGUUUAGCUGAGUUUCACCGACCGUGGGAAAGCAAACUUCUUAUCAACCCUGUACAGUGUAGAACUUGAAAAGUCCGUUGAAUUCUAGAAAGCUCAUGAAUAAAAGUUAUUUGGAAAUUUUAGUUUUUGGCGACGUAUUGAAACUCUUACUGAAACUCUUGUCUUAUCACUAUAUUUUAUGUUUUUCAGAUGAAACAGUUGUUGUUAUGCGCAGGUAAAUUAUCAGCAAUUCGAUAUCAUCAUUUACAUUUCCUAAGUGUAAAUUGUAAAUUGUAAAUAAUUUAUUAUUGAAGCGUAUAGUCUGGAGGAAGAUAUUUCUUUUCACGCAAUUUGAUUGGUUGUUCAUCUCCAGAUAUCCAUGCACUAUUCACUUCGGGAUAAAAACAAAAUGUCUUCCCGUUUCGUUCCGGUUGCAGGCGAGCAAAUGUUUGUACUAAACGAAGCUAUGGUUUCGCCAAACACGAAGAAAGCCACAAAGAUUUGUUUCUAAUGAAUAAAAAAUGAUAAAAUUGCCGAAAGCGUGUAAAUACUGCUUUGUUUACAAAUAUUAUGGGAGCUGAAAUACAAAUGGUUUUAGAAAUAUUUUCGUUGAUUUUUCUUGUUUUGUUGUGGUAUGUGCUCAACACUUCGCGUUUUGGUGAAUAUAUCCUUGCACUAUAUUCACUCCACUUCGGUGAAUAAUUGUUAAUUAUGUUUUCUUUUGCUGCAGACAGCCACAAAGUGCAGACGUGGUUACCCGACGUAGUUUGAUUGGUUCUGUUGAAGAUGAUCCUUUCGAGUCUGCGCAUUAUGGAACACAGGAGAGGAAGAAAAAGACGAGAGGUAAAAAUUCUUACAUCAUUUACUUCCCGAAUUUUCCCCGAGGCGCCAUUCCAGGCGAUAGCUCAGGGCAAGGGUACGAUAAUAGUACAAGUACUUUGAGCAUCGACUUUGGAUUGACAAUAGCGAGCUUCUAACAAGCAACGCUUUUGUCAACACGGACAUCAUCCGAAAAUUAGUAGAACUAUGAUAUUGGCGACAUGCAUCAUAGCAAAGAAGCAAAAAACUUUGCAUUUUAUGUAAAGAAGCAAAAAAAACUUUAAAAAUCUUAUUAAUGAAUGUAGCCUGCGUGUGAGACAUACUGUCGUCAUUGAUUUCAAUUAUGUCGUAUUUUAUUUGUUAUAUACAACAACAUUAAUUACUGUGAACAUAAGUAGUGUGGGGGGCGAGGUUCUUUGGAAAUUCCUAGGUGGGGAAUAUACUUAGAAUUCCUGCCACGUCAUUCUGCUGGGGUGCUUUGCCUUUAUUCAGUGCGAUAAUCGAUAUACUUUCUACCCAUAAUGAUAUUUUGACAAGUUUAAGCAACAAAUUAAACCAUGAGUAAAAUGAACUUCUACUAAUACAUCACGUUGCUCAAUUUUUCGACUAAUUUAGAAUGUAUUUAAUACUUCAGAUAGUUAUUAUCUACCUGACUCGGAAGAUAUGAACACAUUCAACGGCGAUGACAACAACACAGCCAAGCGUGUGAGCCCAGCAGAGAGUAGCCAAGCUUACCAACCCUUUAAUGUUGCUCAGAAAUCAAAAUAUAACGAGGAUGAAAGGUCAAGUAGUGAUGAUGACUCGUACAGAUAUAAAAAUCGCAAACAACAACCCUCAGAUGAUGAACUGUCCUCGGAACCAGGUUAUGCAAGAGUUGGAGACAAUGGGAAAAUAUCACGUGACAAUAUUGAUGGACCACGUGAGCCAGUUCGCCCUAACCAAAAUGAUACUUAUGCUAAAGUCAAUAAAAGAAAUAACAAUAACCGUCCGAUGUCUAAUGGACGUAAGUAUACCGUAUGUUGAGUUUAUACAGUAACUGCUCUAACAUGGCAUCACAUGUAUGGAAAAACGGAUAUAGAAUUGACUUUAACAAAGGGGAAAUUAUUGACAAGGGAAAUUCUAUACUGAGGAAAACACUGCAAUCGUGGCACACGGAAACAACUAAAAACGCGGAAAACAAUGGGAAAUUCCAGCUAUACACUAAAUUUUGAUCUGGGCAAGAAGAACAAAAUCCAUCACCACAGCUAGAAAGAGUAUGUCGAAAUUAGUAAAAUUGCAAAGUUUGGUUGCGAAAGGUUGUAAAAUGCGGAAAAUAUAGCCCUGCGAAAUUUGCAAAUGUCGUAUUAAUUUGUAUUACGCACGGGAAACCACUUUCGGCCCAAAUUCACCUCACUUUAAGUAGUGAUUUAUUCAUAUGAGAUGUCACUUGGAAUUCUCCAAUUCGGACUGGACUAGAUUUCAGGUCCUCGCAUUUUGACCCUGCGGACUUGAAAUCUAGUCCAGUCCUCAUAGUCGGAUUUGAAAUAUUAAAUAAAGCAUAUUCUAUCAAGAUAUGAUCGUCUGCAAACUAAACAAAAGUCAUUGUGUUAUGUUUUUGCCUGAGUUUAUGUUAAUCUAUGCAUGGUCACUAUGAUUGAGCUCAUUGUUGUCCAAUAGGCUGAGGUGAAACAUGCAACCACGAUGAAUAAUAUAUUUAAUGAAGUUAGGACAAAGUAUUUAUGUACGGGCCGGGAGAUACAGUCAUCACUAGGUUUUAGACCCCCCGCGCACACGAACGAGAACAUGUGCAUAUAAAUGGUGGUCUGCAAUACACAUUUAUAAAGACAUAGUUGUGGAAAACGAUAUAUAUUUAUGCAUCCUUCUCUGCAAAUUAUAAAAACAAAGAAAAAUAAUAUUGUCGCCGUAUUUGCUGAUAAUUCCGUAACCGCUAUAGAAAAACAAUUUACAGAAAAUUACAACAGGCUACAAAAGCAGAAUUGGGACGGUUCUUGUAUUUUCACUGUAAAACAUUUCUUAAUUCCAUAUUUUUGUAUAUUUUAUUUAGGUGGAGCUCCUCCCCCAUAUCGACCACGUUCAACAACCGACACUCCACUUCCUCCCUACCCUGACGAUCAUUUAGAUCUUGAUGACCCCUCUGCUGCUCAAUUUGACGACCCUCUACCCCCUCCCAUGCCAGUUUUUAAUUCACGUUCUAUACCAGGUAUUGUUCAAUACUUGAAUUGAUUGUUGUAAAUGUAGUCGCUGGGAAUAUGCCAGGCUUUCUCCUUGCAUUUCUGCUGUAUACGAGAAUUCCUGAAAUACGAGAAUUCCUGAAGCGUACAAUUUAUAGAUCAAUAGGUUUCUGAGAAAGUGCGCGCUGUCCCGCAUGGUGGCAAAUUGCGAUUUUGACGACUAAUUGACAAUUCCGAUUUACAAAAGGGAUUUUGAAUUUCAAAACAACAAGAAAAUUAUAUGAUUGGGAUUCCAAUAUCAGCGAUCUAUAAGGCUCAGAUUCCAGCCGUUUGUUUCGAGUGCCGAGAACCAAACGGCUGGAAUCUGAGCCUAUCUAUAAGAUUGCAUAAGAAAAUUUCCUGCAAAGAUAUUUUGCUGAAGAUUUCCCGGUAGCGGUGCUACUGGCGCUGCCGCUGACGUUUCCCAGCACGGCAGGAAAUUGAAGGAUGUAGUUGAGAUCAUGCGUCUGUGAUUCGUUUACUGAAAGUGGUAUUAAUGUUGCAUGCGGAUAUAAAAGAUAUAAUAAUUGACCCUUGAAAUAUCUCCUGGUUCAACUGUUACGGUAAUUUAAACACCCCCACCAAGCUCUCAUUCUAGCGCUUGUUUGCCUUUCAAGCUGGGAGACCCAAAUCCUUGGUCGGUCCUCUACUCAAGGUCUUAAAAUAAUUGAGGACAAAGUGCUACCUUUACAUUGACAUUUGUAACUGGUUAGAUUUUAGCAUCUAGGAUAAAGACGUUAAAUCGUAGGUACCUCGGAAAUCCGCAACCUCGUUCCCAGGCUCUUUCCUGGGAACGAGGUUGGGAAAUCCGCUUACAAAUGAGUGAAAAACUCCAAAACAAAGAAAUAAACAUUUAAUAUAAUCCAUCCUUUGGAGAAAAAUUGGGCGUAAAAACGUAAUUUUUUCCCCUCAGAUGCUGUUUGGAACGACCGUUAUUCCGAUGAUCCACACGACUCGGUUGACACGACAUUGGAAAGACAUAAAUCACCUGUAAGAAAUUCACUUUUUACGUUGUACACCUAAUCCAUGUACACCAUAGUCCACGUAUUUAACUCGUUUGAUGUUUUGACUCGCUUUUGGAAGGUUAACCAUGCAUGUUGUUGUAUCGCUUUGUUAUUCAUUUGUAUGUCUAGUUACUUGCGUUCUUGUAGUUUUACUUUCAAUGGAUGCGUGUUGUUUGUUUGCCAACUGCUUCUGGUAAAGCUACGUUACGGCAUAUGAUGGUCAUCCACAAUAUUCAUAUUUUGGUACUUGUUUUCUCAUUCUGGUGACGUGGCAGUGUUCAGAUGACUUCUUUAACUAACCAGUAUGAAUGUUUUAACGUCUUUAACUGACCAGUAUGAAUGUUUUAACGUCUUUAACAAACCUGUAUGAAUGUUUUGAUGUCUUUAACUCCCUGUAUGAAUGUUUUGAUGUCUUUAACUUCCCAGUAUGAAUGUUUUGAUUUUUUUAACUUACCAGUAUGAAUGUUUUGACGUUUUUAACUAACCAGUAUGAAUGUUUUCACGUCUUUAACUGACCAGUAUGGCGUCUUUAACUAACCUGUAUGAAUGUUUUGACGUCUUUAACAAACCUAUAUGAAUGUUUUGACGUCUUUAACUAACCAGUAUGAAUGUUUUGAUGUUUUUAACUAACCAGUAUGAAUGUUUUGACGUCUUUAACUAACCUGUAUGAAUGUUUUGAUGUCUUUAUGAAUAUUUUGACGUCUUUAACUAACCUGUAUGAAUGUUUUAACGUCUUUAACCGACCAGUAUGAAUGUUUUAACGUCUUUAACAAACCUGUAUGAAUGUUUUGAUGUCUUUAACUAACCAGUAUGAAUGUUUUGAUGUCUUUAACACCUGUAUGAAUGUUUUGACGUCUUUAACUGACCAGUAUGAAUGUUUUGACGUUUUUAACUAACCAGUAUGAAUGUUUUCACGUCUUUAACUGACCAGUAUGACGUCUUUAACUAACCUGUAUGAAUGUUUUGACGUCUUUAACAAACCUAUAUGAAUGUUUUGACGUCUUUAACUAACCAGUAUGAAUGUUUUGAUGUUUUUAACUAACCAGUAUGAAUGUUUUGACGUCUUUAACUAACCUGUAUGAAUGUUUUGAUGUCAGUAUGAAUGUUUUGACGUCUUUAACUAACCUGUAUGAAUGUUUUGACGUCUUUAACUAACCAGUAUGAAUGUUUUGACGUCUUUAACAAACCUGUAUGAAUGUUUUGACGUCUUUAGCUAACCAGUAUGAAUGUUUUGACUUCUUUAAAUAACCAGUAUGAAUGUUUUAACGUCUUUGACAAACCUGUAUGAAUGUUUUGACGUCUUUGACAAACCUGUAUGAAUGUUUUGACGUCUUUAACUAACCUGUAUGAAUGUUUUAACGUCUUUAACCGACUAGUAUGAAUGUUUUGACGUCUUUAACAAACCUGUAUGAAUGUUUUGACGUUUUUAACUAACCAGUACAUGUUUUCACGUCCUUAACUGACCAGUAUAAUGUUUUGACGUCUUUAACUUACCAAUAUGAAUGUUUUAACGUCUUUAACUUACCAAUAUGAAUGUUUUGACGUUUUUAACUAACCAGUAUGAAUGUUUUGAUGUCUUUAACAAACCUGUAUGAAUGUUUUAACGUCUUUAACAGACCUGUAUGAAUGUUUUAAUGUCUUUAACCGACCAGUAUGAAUGUUUUAACGUCUUUAACAAACCUGUAUGAAUGUUUUGAUGUCUUUAACUUACCGGUAUGAAUGUUUUGAUUUCUUUAACUUAGCAGUAUGAAUGUUUUGACGUUUGUAACUAACCAGUAUGAAUGUUUUCACGUCCUUGACUGACCAGUAUAAAGUUUUGACGUCUUUAACUUACCAAUAUGAAUGUUUUAACGUCUUUAACUUACCAAUAUGAAUGUUUUGACGUUUUUAACUAACCAGUAUGAAUGUUUUGAUGUCUUUAACAAACCUGUAUGAAUGUUUUAACGUCUUUAACAGACCUGUAUGAAUGUUUUAAUGUCUUUAACCGACCAGUAUGAAUGUUUUAACGUCUUUAACAAACCUGUAUGAAUGUUUUGAUGUCUUUAACUUACCGGUAUGAAUGUUUUGACUUCUUUAACUUAGCAGUAUGAAUGUUUUGACGUUUGUAAAUAACCAGUAUGAAUGUUUUAACGUCUUUGACAAACCUGUAUGAAUGUUUUUACGUCUUUAACUUACCAAUAUGAAUGUUUUAACGUCUUUAACUUACCAAUAUGAAUGUUUUGACGUUUUUAACUAACCAGUAUGAAUGUUUUGAUGUCUUUAACAAACCUGUAUGAAUGUUUUGACGUCUUUAACUGACCAGUAUGAAUGUUUUGACGUUUUUAACUAACCAGUAUGAAUGUUUUCACGUCUUUAACUGACCAGUAUGACGUCUUUAACUAACCUGUAUGAAUGUUUUGACGUCUUUAACAAACCUAUAUGAAUGUUUUGACGUCUUUAACUAACCAGUAUGAAUGUUUUGAUGUUUUUAACUAACCAGUAUGAAUGUUUUGACGUCUUUAACUAACCUGUAUGAAUGUUUUGAUGUCAGUAUGAAUGUUUUGACGUCUUUAACUAACCUGUAUGAAUGUUUUGACGUCUUUAACUAACCAGUAUGAAUGUUUUGACGUCUUUAACUAACCAUGAGUAUGAAUGUUUUGACGUCUUUAACAAACCUGUAUGAAUGUUUUGACGUCUUUAGCUAACCAGUAUGAAUGUUUUGACUUCUUUAAAUAACCAGUAUGAAUGUUUUAACGUCUUUGACAAACCUGUAUGAAUGUUUUUACGUCUUUAACUAACCUGUAUGAAUGUUUUAACGUCUUUAACCGACCAGUAUGAAUGUUUUGACGUCUUUAACAAACCUGUAUGAAUGUUUUGACGUCUUUAGCUAACCAGUAUGAAUGUUUUCACGUCUUUAACUUAGCAGUAUGAAUGUUUUGACGUUUUUAACUAACCAGUAUGAAUGUUUUCACGUCUUUAACUGACCAGUAUGAAUGUUUUGACGUCUUUAACUAACCAGUAUGAAUGUUUUGACGUCUUUAACUUACCAGAAUGAAUGUUUUGACGUCUUUAACAAACCUGUAUGAAUGUUUUAAUGUCUUUAACCGACCAGUAUGAAUGUUUUAACGUCUUUAACAAACCUGUAUGAAUGUUUUGAUGUCUUUAACUUACCAGUAUGAAUGUUUUGAUUUCUUUAACUUAGCAGUAUGAAUGUUUUGACGUUUUUAAUUAACCAGUAUGAAUGUUUUCACGUCCUUAACUGACCAGUAUAAUGUUUUGACGUCUUUAACUUACCAAUAUGAAUGUUUUAACGUCUUUAACUUACCAAUAUGAAUGUUUUGACGUUUUUAACUAACCAGUAUGAAUGUUUUGAUGUCUUUAACAAACCUGUAUGAAUGUUUUGACGUCUUUAACUGACCAGUAUGAAUGUUUUGACGUUUUUAACUAACCAGUAUGAAUGUUUUCAUGUCUUUAACUGACCAGUAUGACGUCUUUAACUAACCUGUAUGAAUGUUUUGACGUCUUUAACAAACCUAUAUGAAUGUUUUGACGUCUUUAACUAACCAGUAUGAAUGUUUUGAUGUUUUUAACUAACCAGUAUGAAUGUUUUGACGUCUUUAACUAACCUGUAUGAAUGUUUUGAUGUCAGUAUGAAUGUUUUGACGUCUUUAACUAACUGUAUGAAUGUUUUGACGUUUUAACUAACCAGUAUGAAUGUUUUGACGUCUUUAACUAACCAUGAGUAUGAAUGUUUUGACGUUUUAACAAACCUGUAUGAAUGUUUGACGUCUUUAGCUAACCAGUAUGAAUGUUUUGACUUCUUUAAAUAACCAGUAUGAAUGUUUUAACGUCUUUGACAAACCUGUAUGAAUGUUUUUACGUCUUUAACUAACCUGUAUGAAUGUUUUAACGUCUUUAACCGACCAGUAUGAAUGUUUUGACGUCUUUAACAAACCUGUAUGAAUGUUUUGACGUCUUUAGCUGACCAGUAUGAAUGUUUUCACGUCUUUAACUUAGCAGUAUGAAUGUUUUGACGUUUUUAACUAACCAGUAUGAAUGUUUUCAUACAAAAAACAUUGCAGUAAUAAUGUUUUGAUGUCUUUAACUUACCAGUAUGAAUGUUUUGAUUUCUUUAACUUAGCAGUAUGAAUGUUUUGACGUUUUUAACUAACCAGUAUGAAUGUUUUCACGUCCUUAACUGACCAGUAUAAUGUUUUGACGUCUUUAACUUACCAAUAUGAAUGUUUUAACGUCUUUAACUUACCAAUAUGAAUGUUUUGAUGUUUUUAAUACUGACCAGUAUGAAUGUUUUGACGUCUUUAACUUACCAGAAUGAAUGUUUUGACGUCUUUAACAAACCUGUAUGAAUGUUUUAAUGUCUUUAACCGACCAGUAUGAAUGUUUUAACGUCUUUAACAAACCUGUAUGAAUGUUUUGAUGUCUUUAACUUACCAGUAUGAAUGUUUUGAUUUCUUUAACUUAGCAGUAUGAAUGUUUUGACGUUUUUAACUAACCUGUAUGAAUGUUUUCACGUCCUUAACUGACCAGUAUAAUGUUUUGACGUCUUUAACUUACCAAUAUGAAUGUUUUAACGUCUUUAACUUACCAAUAUGAAUGUUUUGACGUUUUUAACUAACCAGUAUGAAUGUUUUGAUGUCUUUAACAAACCUGUAUGAAUGUUUUAACGUCUUUAACAGACCUGUAUGAAUGUUUUAAUGUCUUUAACCGACCAGUAUGAAUGUUUUAACGUCUUUAACAAACCUGUAUGAAUGUUUUGAUGUCUUUAACUUACCGGUAUGAAUGUUUUGAUUUCUUUAACUUAGCAGUAUGAAUGUUUUGACGUUUGUAACUAACCAGUAUGAAUGUUUUCACGUCCUUGACUGACCAGUAUAAAGUUUUGACGUCUUUAACUUACCAAUAUGAAUGUUUUAACGUCUUUAACUUACCAAUAUGAAUGUUUUGACGUUUUUAACUAACCAGUAUGAAUGUUUUGAUGUCUUUAACAAACCUGUAUGAAUGUUUUGACGUCUUUAACUGACCAGUAUGAAUGUUUUGACGUUUUUAACUAACCAGUAUGAAUGUUUUCAGUCUUUAACUGACCAGUAUGACGUCUUUAACUAACCUGUAUGAAUGUUUUGACGUCUUUAACAAACCUAUAUGAAUGUUUUGACGUCUUUAACUAACCAGUAUGAAUGUUUUGAUGUUUUUAACUAACCAGUAUGAAUGUUUUGACGUCUUUAACUAACCUGUAUGAAUGUUUUGAUGUCAGUAUGAAUGUUUUGACGUCUUUAACUAACCUGUAUGAAUGUUUUGACGUCUUUAACUAACCAGUAUGAAUGUUUUGACGUCUUUAACUAACCAUGAGUAUGAAUGUUUUGACGUCUUUAACAAACCUGUAUGAAUGUUUUGACGUCUUUAGCUAACCAGUAUGAAUGUUUUGACUUCUUUAAAUAACCAGUAUGAAUGUUUUAACGUCUUUGACAAACCUGUAUGAAUGUUUUUACGUCUUUAACUAACCUGUAUGAAUGUUUUAACGUCUUUAACCGACCAGUAUGAAUGUUUUGACGUCUUUAACAAACCUGUAUGAAUGUUUUGACGUCUUUAGCUAACCAGUAUGAAUGUUUUCACGUCUUUAACUUAGCAGUAUGAAUGUUUUGACGUUUUUAACUAACCAGUAUGAAUGUUUUCACGUCUUUAACUGACCAGUAUGAAUGUUUUGACGUCUUUAACUAACCAGUAUGAAUGUUUUGACGUCUUUAACUUACCAGAAUGAAUGUUUUGACGUCUUUAACAAACCUGUAUGAAUGUUUUAAUGUCUUUAACCGACCAGUAUGAAUGUUUUAACGUCUUUAACAAACCUGUAUGAAUGUUUUGAUGUCUUUAACUUGCCAGUAUGAAUGUUUUGAUUUCUUUAACUUAGCAGUAUGAAUGUUUUGACGUUUUUAACUAACCAGUAUGAAUGUUUUCACGUCUUUAACUGACCAGUAUAAUGUUUUGACGUCUUUAACUUGCCAAUAUGAAUGUUUUAACGUCUUUAACUUACCAAUAUGAAUGUUUUGACGUUUUUAACUAACCAGUAUGAAUGUUUUGAUUUCUUUAACUAACCUGUAUGAAUGUUUUGAUGUCUUUAACUGACCAGUAUGAAUGUUUUGACGUCUUUAACUAACCUGUAUGAAUGUUUUGACAAUUUGACGUCUUUAACUAACCUGUAUUAGUUUUGGAUGACGUUUGACGUGCUGAACUAACUAGUAUGAUUGUUUUGACGUCUUGAACUAACCAGUAUGAUUGUUUUGCAGUCUCGUACCAGCCUAGGUAGUGGUAAACCGUACAUAAAUGCUCAGGGAAAACUGGUGCGACCUGGUUCACGUCAUAGUUCGUCUGAUCAUUUCUCUGAUUCUGAACAACGGUUACCGGAACCCGAGGUCCCUACUGGAAGAUCACGUCAAAUGGACAUGGAUAAUGAUGAAAGUAACCUGGUCAGUUAUCUCGUGUAAUACCGAUGGUGUUUUACAACCUGAUGCAACAUCCAGUUAUAUAUACUGCGACCUUCUAAUUGCCGUACAGAAUGAGAACAAAACAAGGAUAUAUUAAUUAAAGGACAAAAGUGCUAUAGCGAUGUAGUUUCAAAGUAGCAUUGUUUCAUAAAGGCUCUUUUUCACUCGUCACAAAACCAACACGCCCGCUGUGAGUGCUUGCAUCUAAUUCAAAUAAGUGAUCGAGGAUUGUGAUUGGAUGAAAGCACUCGAGCUUGAAAGUUGGUUAUUGCGAUAAAUGGAAAAGAGGCUUAAAGCUCUGAAGAAACAGGAAACACUGUUGCGAUAAGAUCGGAAAAUGCUUUUUUGAAUGUGUUCCCUGUCUAUCCUCCCUUGCAAACAUUGUGCAAGGUGGCUGACAUAGCUGGCAUGUUUCCGCUACAGUGAUUCCUAGUUUACUCAGGGUUUCAACACAACAAUCGCCAUUUACUAAAAGAGUUUUAUUUUCAGAAUAAUACGGUUGAUAUUCUGACCGAGAUAGGUUUAAUUGAUAUUCUAUGGGGAUUUUACUCAGCGAGAUUCUUAAAGAAAUUUACGUAUUUUGUACAGUGCCUUUUGAGGAGUGAUUUUUUAGAUUGUAAAAUGUAGUUAGUUUGUAUCUUUUAUAGCAAGUACGAUGUAAUAUUAAUGUUCUAGUGCAGCCUUGUCCCUGGUUGACUUGUAGGAGAAUGAGAAUGAAUGCAGAGAUUAUAAUCUCAUAUUCCCACAGUAUCAAAGAUUGAGAACAUUUUCAUCACAAAACGGUUUAUAUGAUAUACUUUCAACACAGUUAAAAUUAUUUAA